AUGAGCGAUCGAGCCGUUCCAGCGAUGGAAGAGGAAGUCGACUACGAGGGUCUCGGCAGCAAUGUGCCUCUGCACAUCAACAUGAUUGCGGGCUCGCUCGCAGGUAUCAGCGAGCACGCCGUCAUGUUCCCCGUCGACGUCAUCCGCACCCGCAUGCAGGUGCUUUCCGCCACACCUGCUGCCACGUACACCGGCGUUGUGCAGGCCUUCAACCGCAUCAGCACGUUGGAAGGAGCACGCACGCUCUGGCGAGGAGUGGCGAGUGUCAUCAUGGGCGCGGGACCGGCACACGCCGUCUACUUUGGCACGUACGAGACCGUCAAGGAGGCUACGGGCGGCAACCGCGAAGGACACCAGUUUGCGAGUACAGCGUUUGCAGGCGCAUCGGCCACCAUCGCCUCGGAUGCGUUCAUGAACCCCUUCGACGUGAUCAAGCAGCGCAUGCAGAUGCACGGCUCGCAGCACCGCACCGUCAUGCAGUGCGCCUCCACGGUGUACAAGCAGGAGGGCCUGCGCGCAUUCUACGUCUCGUACCCCACCACGCUCACCAUGACCGUGCCUUUCACAGCAGUCCAGUUCUCCGUCUACGAAUGGGCAAAGAAGGUGCUCAACCCGUCCGAGGGCUACUCGCCGCUCACGCACGUUUCGGCCGGUGCCUUCUCGGGUGCCGUUGCUGCGGCGGUGACCAACCCAUUGGAUGUGGCCAAGACGCUGCUGCAGACGCGAGGCAGCAGCACCGAUGCGCAGAUCCGCAACGCCUCGGGCAUGUUUGAGGCGUUCAAGAUCAUCAACGCCCGCGAGGGCCUCAAGGGUUUCGCGCGUGGCCUCUCACCGCGCGUGCUCACGUUCAUGCCGUCCAACGCACUCUGCUGGCUCUCCUACGAGGGGUUCCGAUUCUUCCUCAACGAGCAGAGCAAGGCUUCCGUCUAA